AUGUCCCGUCUACUGCAUCUGCUUACAGCCUCUUGGCUUUCCAUCGCUGCGGCUACAAGCUGCUCGACCUGUGACGUGCCCGACGCGACGGCACUGCGCUUCUGCUCUAAUUUUGUCACCUUUUCAGCCUGUCGCCAUGGACGGUCGUGGGAAGAUAUGGAUACUGCGGCCGAGGAGAUGUACGACAAAGUGGUCACGAGCAGUAUCGAUGCAACGAGCAAUACCACUUGUGCAACUGCCUUGCAAAGAAUUGAGUGUCUUGCAGUCUUUAGUGUCUGUGAGAUGGGCACUUUUGAGACUUUGUGUCAUGACAGCUGCAUGGAUACCAUUGAGAUCGACUGCGCGUCAACAGUGUCAAAGUCGGCACUGGAAGCUGUCCAGACGACAGUUUGUGGAACUGAUGACAAUCCGCGCACAGGUGUGAGUGACGACGGAAAGUGCUUUAGUACGAAGUACGACGGACCGGCAACAGACAUUUGGGUCAUUGGGUUCAUCAUUGCAGUGGUCUUUUCGUUUCUAGCAAGCGUCGGGAUCAACUUGCAGAAAAAAGCGCUGAAACAGAACGAGCUUGCAGCAGAGCCGAAAGCACCGUACCGGUUGCCACUGUGGAUGUUUGGGUUCAUGAUGUGUCUAGUGGGGUCGAUCUUGGACUUCGUGGCUUUUGGUCUAGCACCGCAGAGUCUGCUGGCUCCACUUGCGGCAUUGACACUCGUGUGGAACAUGAUCCUCGCGCCGUGCUUCAAUAACGAAAAGCUCAGCAGAAAGGACCUGGUGUCGACGCUGGUGAUUUUUGUGGGUGCUACGAUCGCUGUCGUCUUUGCGUCUCACACGUCUCCGUCGUACAGCUUGGACAGGCUGAUGCAGCUCUACAGGGACCCACUAACAAUCGCCUACUUUUGCGUGGUCUUCCUAGUGCUUGCUAUCCACUUGGCAGCUAUCAAGAUUGUUGAUCGAUUGUGCUUGGUCAGCAAACAAGACCGGAUCAUCCACGUUGGCUCACCAGCCAUGUGGGCAACUUUACGGCUCGUCGGUUAUGCUGGUCUCGCGGGCACGUUGGGGGGCCAAUCCAUUUUGUUUGCUAAGUCGUCAGCUGAGCUGCUCAAAGGCGUGUUCGACGGCGAUGCCGGCUGUUUCGUGAGAUAUCAAACAUAUAUCAUUGCACUGGCACUGGUGCUUUGUUUGUGCCUCCAGAUCAAGUAUCUGAAUGGCGGGCUUGUCCACUACGACGCACUGUCGAUGGUCCCCAUAUACCAAGCUUAUUGGGUCAUCAGCGGCGUACUAGGCGGCGUCAUUUACUUUCAAGAAAUUCGCACCUUCUCGGCUUUGCAAGCAGUCAUGUUUGUGUUGGGAAUCGGCAUCAGCGUUUUCGGCGUUGUGCUCCUCUCACGCCGCAAGCACGCCCCAUCGAUUGCAUCAAGCAAACGCAAUGCAAAGCGAGGACUUAGCUUCACAUCUUCAUCGGAAAUAAAGAUGGACGUCUCCGAGAGCUCGAACACGGCCUUGACACGCCAACCAGAAGGCGUUUCCACCAACGCAAUUGCUGUGGAGCAAGACAAAUCAAGUCGAGCUGGAACUUCCCAAGAGCCGCUUUCUGACGUUGUCGAGGCUCUUGAUGAACGAGGCACAAUGGCAGACUCCGACAGUGAUGACAGUGGGCAAGACCGACCCAGUCAAGAUGAAGUGUCCGACCACGUCAAUCGACAGGCAAUUGACAAUUAUUUGGACAUAUCCACGGCCGUGGGUCUGUCGGAGAUUUUGAAUGGUCUAAGCUUUUCGCGCUCGCACGAGAGCGGCUCGCCAAUCUCGCGCAACUCAAGUCGUUCCACACGGCGAUGCACUCGUCGAAGUGUUGAUGACAUCGAGGUUGGGUUGCCGGCUGCUUCUUGUGGACCCAGUUCACAGGAUUCUCCGAUACCCAAACGCCAUUCGUUUACGUUGUCGGAUCUCAAGUCGUCCUCGAUCAAGAACGAAGUGAAUGAGGAUACACCACCGCCCAAAGAGUCGAUGUAG